CCACAAUCCAAAGACAUACAGAUUACACUCCUUCACACUUUUGAACCAGCAUGGCCACUGACAUUUGGGCAAAGUUUUUUCCGAUAUUUACAUUCCUACGAAUCUCCAGCAUUCAACUAAACCUGAAGACAACAAUGUCUAUGUGAUGUUCCAUGGAACAACAAGGGGAAAUGCACAACUCAUCAGAAAGAAUGGCUUCCGACCUUCUGAAGAUGGCAUGCUGGGAAAGGGAGUGUAUGUUAGCCGUGACAUUCAGAAGGCCAGCAGAUAUCCAAUAGAAGUUGAUCCGAGUCAACGGGUUGUCCUCAAGCUCAAUGUGAAUGUGGGAAAAGUUGUAAAGAUUGACAGGCAGGGGCAUCAAUGGCAGAAGUUAUGGCACUCCAAAGGAUACGAUACAGCCUGGGUGCCACCUGACUGUGGAAUGGUGCCCAGUGGCUUAGAAGAAGAUUGCAUCUGGGAUCCAAGUAGAAUCCUAGUUAUUGAAGUCAUGGCUCCAUUUUCAGUGCCUGUUUCCUAUUAUAAUUACACUCCUUCACACUUUGAAACCACUGACAUUUGGACAGAGUUUGAUUCCAAAGUUUACAUUCCUACGAAUCUCCAGCAUUCAACUAAACCUGAAGACAACAAUGUCUAUGUGAUGUUCCAUGGAACAACAAGAAGAAAUGCACAACUCAUCAGAAAGAAUGGCUUCCGACCUUCUGAAGAUGGCAUGCUGGGAAAGGGAGUCUAUGUUAGCCGUGACAUUCAGAAGGCCAGCAGAUAUCCAAUAGGCGUUGAUCCGAGUCAACGGGUUGUCCUCAAGCUCAAUGUGAAUGUGGGAAAAGUUGUAAAGAUUGACAGGCAGGGGCAUCAAUGGCAGAAGUUAUGGCACUCCAAAGGAUACGAUACAGCCUGGGUGCCACCUGACUGUGGAAUGGUGCCCAGUGGCUUAGAAGAAGAUUGCAUCUGGGAUCCAAGUAGAAUCCGAGUUAUUGAAGUCAUGGCUCCAACUUUUAGUUAAUUAGCUAAUCCAUAUUCAGUCAUUUAAGCAUCUGUCUUUAGCUACUGAGAGAAUUUUAUAUGUAGAGCAUUGCUGACAGAUUGUUGUUCCUGAAAUAAAAAGAUAUUUUACUUUA